AGCAAGCUUCAGGUUCGUUUUGAAGAUAAUUGUUGAGACAAAUUCAGGGAGUGUGAAUUUGCCUGUGGUAAUAAGAUCUCUUUAUUUUUAUUCAUAGUUAAUUCGUUCAGCCGAGGCGAUUUCAUGCCAGAAUGCAAUCCUCAAACAAGAAGGACGAUUGCCCUGCCUAUGGCACGCAUAUGCAUGGUGCCUGCCCGGCAGAUCGGCUGCUGCGACAGAGAGCCAUGAACCACCCCAGACACAUGGGCAAGAUAAAGAAGAGGUUGGAGGAUAUCAAGAACCAGUCCCUGAAGUUGACAAAAGUGGACUUCAGCCACAACGAAAGCAUCAGAUUGGCCACCGACGCCUUCUUGGAUGGUGGGACAGACUCUUACCUGGAAACUCUAAGCAAAGAGGGUGAGGUGGAUUUCCUCUCCUCGGUGGAGGCUCAGUACAUCAAGGAUAACGCCCGCGAGUCUUACUAUGCACAGGAGUCCCCGGGUGCCGACGGGGCAGCCGCGCCGAAGCAGAACGACGCGGGAUCGCUGCCGUCGGGGACCUACUUCCCCACCAUUUCUGAUAGCAGCGAGCCUGCUCUGCUCCACACGUGGAUUACUGCAGAGAAACCCUAUUUAAAGGAGAAAUCCACGGCCACUGUGUAUUUCCAAACAGAGAAGAACAGCAACAUUAGAGACAUCAUACGCCGCUACAUCCACAAGACCACUCAGGUGUUGGCCAUUGUGAUGGAUGUGUUCACAGACACUGAGAUUCUCUGCGACCUGCUGGAGGCAGCUAACAAGCGCAUGGUCUUUGUUUACCUGCUGCUCGAUCACAGCAGUGUAGAUCUCUUCUCGGAGAUGUGCGACAAGCUGCAGAUUUCUGAGGAUCUCUUCAAGAAUAUUUCAGUCCGCAGUGUUACUGGAGAGGUUUACUGUGCCAAGUCAGGCAGGAAAUUUUCAGGAAAAAUUCAAGAAAAAUUUCUUAUCUCUGACUGGAGAUAUGUGCUUUCUGGAUCUUACAGGUGAGAUAAGCCAUUGCACUUCAUCUCUAGGUACUCUUCUAUG